AACUAACCAGCUGCUGACGUUAUAGUCUUUAACGGUAACGCUGUUUUCACAGAUGGAACGCACAACUAAAAUCGCUGUUAUUUUGCUUCUGCUGCAGCUUGUGGAUUUGGGGUCUGCUCUGACUUUAAAAAGUAGCAACACAACUUCAAAAGCUAUAGCUAUAUCUCGUCGAAGGUACAUUUAUUACAGAAGAAGGUACUACUACCCUUACUACCACCACACCAACUGGAACACAUGGAACACGUGGAUGACAUGGUACAACAUUCACUACUGUCGUCGUCGGUAUUAUUAUAAAGUUGGCGACCAAGCGCCCACUGAAGAACAUGAAAUGAAUGACGAGAAAAUGAACGAAGAAAUAGCUGACUUCGAUGAGUUCAUGAAACAGCAUGCACAAGAAUAAAGUAAUUAUUUAGAAUCUGAUGCAUUUACUUUUUAUUUCUUUAAUGUGAAAAAUGUUCUUCAUUUUUAAGGUACUCACCCCGAUGUUUUAUCUUACCAGAAAUACAAGUUAAUUUACAAGCAAAA